AUGGAUGACAAGUUGGUUGUACCACAUGCUAAAAAAGACUUCUCUGAAGACGAGCUUUUAAAAUUACUGGCUUAUUUAGAAGGCGAAUUACAAGCUCGUGAUAUUGUUAUAGCCGUCUUAAAGUCAGAAAAGGCGAAACACCUAUUUUAUGGGGCAAAAUAUGGACAGUUAGCUGGGAGCGAUCCAGUCAAAGCAUUGGAACGUGAUUCCAAUUUCGUGGACGAUGGAAAUAUCGAUGAGUCUAGGAUUGGUCAGAUGUAUGAAACCCAGCUUCUACAACUAGAACGUUUAAUUGCUGUACAGCGGCAUUGUCAUAAUCGUUCCAAACAGAUCUUAGCAGCUGCAGAAAAGCGACAUGCACGUAUUCUACGAGAAUUGGAUGAGGAUCAGCGACGUUCCGCUGCUGAUGCUGCACAAGGUGACGAUCUCUGUGCUCUUUUUGAGAAUGAGCGAACUCGUCUCCGUCAGCAGCUAGAGUACGAGCAAAAAGAAACCGAUAAAGCCCGCAAAAAAAUUGUAAAAUUAGAAAAGAAAUUAAAAGAGGAACAAGAACGUCAUAAGUCAAUGGUAUUAUUCUUAAUUAAUGAAAGGAAACAGAUGCUUUUCGAAGUGCAUGAGUUGAAAAUACAGAGUAGUCGUGAUUCUUCUUUUGAUCAGGAAGCGUCUUUACUAGUGGAGAUUCGAAAAGAAGCUGCUGCUCUGCGUUCUGAGAGAGAUCAGUUGCGUACUACAUUGGAUGCUACACUUUCUGAACUUCAAACUCUUAAAAUGGUUGCAAAGAGUCAGGAGGAAGAUUUGGCAUUGCUGCGCAAUAAUAUUCUUAGUAAUACUCGAACCUACUCCAAUAAAUUGCGAACAGUGGAUGACGGUUCUAUAGUCGUGGCAAAUAAAAGUAUCUCGAAUGCAUUGCUUGUUUCCAAAAAUCCAAGUUCCGGAUUACCUACAGCAGCUGCCGAGCCACGACAUCAUCCAUUACGUCCCAAACUUAGCACUUCCUCAACUUUUCCAACAAGUGAUCGAAUUUCUCGCAGUCGUGUUCCUCUUCGAAGCCCUGCGCGAGUGCUACCGACGACUGUUCCAUUUCCUUCUCCGAAGAAAGGGCAGCAGAAUCACUCGGCUUCUACACGACCAGCUACUUUGUCAGGUGUACGGAAUAACAAUAAUCAUUUGUCGUCACAUGAUAGGGAGAUGUCUAGCUCAUCUAACAUUCCUGAAAGGAUGAAAAAUGCAUACACAGCUGAACCUGAAAUAGAACAACUCGGUGCCGUUAUUGAUUCAAUGAAUAUCGGAAGUAAGCGGACUCAACUUAAUUCACUGUCAACUCAGAUGAAUCAGUGUUUUUCAUACGAUUAUUUUUCAGACAAGCGAAGCGCUUCCUUGCCAAGAAACAACAAAAAUGGAGGCAUAAUGGGAUCACAAGCACGUAAACCGACUUUGUCGAAACCUGCUGUAACUCCUAAGCGUAGUACAAUUUUCAGAGCACUUGGUGUAGCAACUCGAAAUGACAAAAAUUGUUGA